AGCGCCUCGCUGGGUGUCGGCGCCAAGACGACGCGGGAAGCCGCCACUACAGCAGCCGCCACCACAGCAGCCACCACAGCCGCCGCCGCCGCCGCCGCUGGCCAAGGUGCUGGACAAGACAGGCCCGUGGGCCAGCUCGCCAGCUCCGGCACCCGCUGCAGCCGCCGCUGCCUCGCUCCCCGACCGGUCCCCAUGGAAGAGAUGGAAGAGGAGUUAAAAUGCCCCGUCUGUGGCUCCUUCUAUCGGGAGCCCAUCAUCCUGCCCUGCUCUCACAAUUUAUGUCAGGCGUGCGCCCGCAACAUCCUGGUGCAGACCCCGGAAUCAGAGUCCCCUCAGAGCCGUCGGGCCUCGGGCUCUGGGGUCUCCGACUAUGACUAUCUGGACCUGGACAAGAUGAGCCUGUACAGCGAGGCGGACAGCGGCUAUGGCUCCUACGGGGGUUUCGCCAGCGCCCCCACUACCCCGUGCCAGAAGUCCCCCAACGGCGUCCGCGUGUUUCCCCCAGCUAUGCCGCCACCCGCCACCCACCUGUCACCGGCCCUGGCCCCGAUACCCCGCAACUCCUGUAUCACCUGCCCCCAGUGCCACCGCAGUCUCAUCUUGGAUGACCGGGGGCUCCGCGGCUUCCCCAAGAACCGUGUCCUGGAAGGGGUGAUUGACCGCUACCAGCAGAGCAAAGCCGCGGCCCUCAAGUGCCAGCUCUGCGAGAAGGCGCCCAAGGAGGCCACGGUCAUGUGCGAACAGUGCGAUGUCUUCUACUGCGACCCGUGCCGCCUGCGCUGCCACCCGCCACGGGGACCCCUAGCCAAGCACCGCCUGGUGCCCCCAGCUCAGGGCCGCGUGAGCCGGAGACUGAGCCCGCGAAAGGUCUCCACCUGCACAGACCACGAGCUGGAGAACCACAGCAUGUACUGCGUGCAGUGCAAGAUGCCCGUGUGCUACCAGUGUUUGGAGGAGGGCAAACAUUCCAGCCACGAAGUCAAGGCUCUGGGAGCCAUGUGGAAACUGCACAAGAGCCAGCUCUCCCAGGCGCUGAACGGACUGUCAGACAGGGCCAAAGAAGCCAAGGAGUUCCUGGUACAGCUUCGCAACAUGGUCCAGCAGAUUCAGGAGAACAGUGUGGAGUUUGAAGCGUGCCUGGUGGCCCAGUGUGAUGCCCUUAUCGAUGCCCUGAACAGAAGGAAAGCCCAGCUGCUGGCCCGUGUCAACAAGGAGCAUGAGCACAAGCUGAAGGUGGUUCGGGAUCAGAUCUCUCACUGCACUGUGAAACUGCGCCAGACCACGGGUCUCAUGGAGUACUGCUUGGAGGUGAUUAAGGAAAAUGAUCCUAGUGGCUUUUUGCAGAUUUCUGACGCCCUCAUAAGGAGAGUGCACCUGACUGAGGAUCAGUGGGGGAAAGGCACACUCACGCCCAGGAUGACCACGGACUUUGACUUGAGCCUGGACAACAGCCCUCUGCUGCAAUCCAUCCACCAGCUCGACUUCGUGCAGGUGAAAGUCCUAGCAACACCCAUCCUACAGCUGGAGGAAUGUUGCACCCACAACAACAGCGCUACACUGUCCUGGAAACAGCCACCCCUGUCCACGGUGCCCGCCGAAGGAUACAUUCUGGAGCUGGAUGACGGCAAUGGUGGUCAGUUCCGGGAAGUGUAUGUGGGGAAGGAGACAAUGUGCACUGUGGACGGGCUUCACUUCAACAGCACAUACAACGCUCGAGUCAAGGCCUUCAACAAAACAGGAGUCAGCCCGUACAGCAAGACCCUGGUCCUCCAGACGUCCGAGGUGGCCUGGUUUGCUUUCGACCCUGGCUCAGCGCACUCGGACAUCAUCUUCUCCAAUGACAACCUGACAGUGACCUGCAGUAGCUAUGAUGACCGGGUGGUGCUGGGGAAGACUGGCUUCUCCAAGGGAGUCCACUACUGGGAGUUAACGGUAGACCGCUAUGACAACCACCCCGAUCCUGCCUUUGGCGUGGCUCGCAUCGACGUGAUGAAGGAUGUGAUGUUAGGAAAGGACGACAAAGCUUGGGCAAUGUAUGUGGACAAUAACCGGAGCUGGUUCAUGCACAACAACUCGCACACCAACAGAACUGAGGGAGGGAUCACAAAAGGGGCCACCGUUGGGGUCCUCCUCGACUUAAAUAGGAAAACCUUGACAUUUUUUAUCAACGAUGAGCAGCAAGGCCCCAUAGCAUUUGAGAACGUGGAGGGCAUGUUCUUCCCUGCGGUCAGCCUGAACAGGAACGUGCAGGUAAGCGCCGCACCCCCGCGUGUGAAACGGCUUCCGCUGACCGCUGCACCCAAGGCAGCCCACGGGCGUUAAAUCAAGCUGACUGUGUAAGGCCCAGACCCAGACAAGGAGGAAGGGAGGAGAGAAAGGGAUCCACGUUGACAGCUGGUACGGUUCCACACCAGCAGAAGCCCCUUCUUUCUUUGGACACAGUCUAGUUAACAGCACGUGAGAAACUGGAAUUCUGCUCAUGGUUUGCUAACGACCCUCCCUCUAGCUCUAGUUUUGUCUCUAAGUAGAAAGGAAAGCCUUUAGUCAACUGCCAUGAAAACAAAUGAAAUGACUUACACAAAGCCCCACGAGUGCCUGAGAAGAAGUGAAGGUGUAAGAUGGAAAUGAUAGUAUUGUAUCGUUCUCAGAAAAUUUGAGCAUCUUCUCUGUACUCUUGUUCAGCUCUGUUAGAUGGGAAGGGGUAGAAAAGAUAGUCUCUACCUACCAGUUAGUUACUUGUGAUUUAUUGUGGAUAUAAAAUGACAGAUUCUUCUCAUUCAUUCAUUCAACAAAUAUCUAUUGAAUGCCUUUAACAUGCCAGGCACUAUUGUAAGUAUUUGGGAUAUAUCAGUGGAGGAAAAAAAAACAUAAUCUUACCAUCAUAGAGCUUACAUCCUAGUUAUAGAAUACAGACAAUAAAUAUUAAGCACAAUUACUACAUUAAUUAUAUGGUAUGUCAGAAGGUGGUUAGUACCAUGCAGAAAAGACCAAGGGUAGGGCAAGAGGACCAGGAGUGCUGGGGAUGGGGCAGUUGUGGUCUUAAAUAGGAUGGGCAGUGUACACAGGCCUUAUUGAAGCCACAGGUGAACUGAGCCUUUAAAGAAGGGGAGGAAGGGAACUGUGCAGAAGUUUCCAGGCAGAGGGAACAGCCUAUGCAAAGUUUCUAAGGCAUGAGGGGCCUUGCCUGGGCAAGGAAGGGCGAAGAAGCCAGGGGCUGGGGUAGGGGGUGGGUAUCAGAGCCCUGCUAGCCACUGUUAGGACUUAGAUUUCACUUCCCUCCUGUGCUGGGCCUCUCAUUAACCACUAUAAGCCUCAUUCAGCAGGUGGUUGCCUUAAGAUAGGGCUCAAGAAUCAAAACACUGCAGAUGAUUUUUGCCCUAUCCAGAACCACAGUCUUGGAAGCUAUUAAAAUAUAUAUAUAUUGUUAUCCAUCAACGUGUGCAAUAACAGUGAUCACAACCCAGUGAGGCCUGCUCUUCACUCUUCCUGGAAGUAGAUGGGGUCUUCUGGGAGGCUGGAAUCUAAUCUUUCAGACUUCAGGCUCUACAUUAGGUGAAAAAAAACCACAAAAUAUAAUUGCUGUAGAAAUUAAUCUCAGAAGAAAUUGCAUUCAACGUUUUCCACAAGUUAGCCAUUUCCCUUUCAAAGAAUAUCGUACUAGGUGCUCUUCUGGGAUUUUCAGGACAUUCUGAGUAUCUGCGGAUAAAGACUUGGGCUGGGGCAGACAGGGACGAGACGGGGGAAAUGACGGCACUGCAUGAAACGGUUCUAGCCUCGUCCACGCAGCUGUCCAUGGAGGUGUGAGGUUGAACAGAAAUUGCUGAAAGUAUGAGCGCUGUGUUUCUUCAUCGCUGGCAAUCAUCUGUGCAACCCCAGAAAGAAAGACUUGCCCUAGUUGGAAUAACUAGGAGACAAGUAAUAAGGGGAGGGCUGUCUCUGCUAAUCUGUCCUUUGUCCAUGGCUUUGACAGAGGUCACGCCGGUGUGGCCAGCAGGUGUCACUACCUGCAAAUCAAUGCCUGUGUCUUCAGUCGUAAGGAACACAAUAUCCCCAGAAUCCUUUCAAAGAGGCAGGUGGCUAAGAACCAUAUAAUCAAGUGUCACCAGGAUUUGGGAGCCCACCAUGGUGGCCAGGCUCUUACCAUGGGCAGAAUUCUGCUAGAAUUCUCUUUAAUGUCUGCUAGCACAGAUGUUAAAGAGGAGCACACCCACUGUAUGCUGUGUUCGGGGGCGGGGGGGGGGACACGGGGUUCCUCGCAGGACUCACAGUCUCGUUCCCCAGGUGACGCUUCACACCGGGCUCCCAGUCCCCGACUUCUACUCCAGCAGAGCAUCAAUAGCCUAAGGAUGUGCCCUGGAGGCGCCAGCUGCCUGUUCUUACCUCUGCCUGAGAGCCACAGCGAGCAGCUCAGCCAGCCGCGGUGGGAGGCAGAGCUGGCAGGAGAGGGCCGAGGAGGAGAGAAAAGCUGGGCCUCUACCGUAGUCACACCCACAGCUUUGCCCCCUUCCCUUCCGAGCCCUCCUCUGCUGUCACACCUGCGUCCACUUCCACGUUCAGCAACUCUAACCAACAGAGGAUCUAGACCGCCCACCACGUCACUUCCUUCCACUCCCAGAUUUUGCUUUUAUUUAACUUAAUUUUUUAUGUAGGUGACUUAUCUUUUGUUUCUUUUCUGAUCAGGUUAUUGGUGACUUACUGAACUGUCACUGCCAAGAGAAAAUUCUCUUGCUAACGUUUUUCUUAAGCUUUCUGGCAAACAACAAAGUUAUAGGGGGAGGUAAUGAGCUGAACUUGGAGCUUGCAGCUCACCUCCUAGAAUCUUCUUGCCCUGUUCCUCCCAUGCAGUGUCAGCUCUGCAUAGCUACUCUUUGGGAGGUGGGCAGAGUGAAUCUAGUAUUGAGAAAUUUUACUACCACUGAAGCACAAAACUAUCAGCUACACAGGUUCACGGCAGGGUAGGAUCAUUAGGAUGGUUCUAUAAUUCAGACAAGUCAGAAACCCUGGCCACUGUAUAAAUGAGAAAGUCUCUAGACAUAGGCAAACCAGGGGACAUAAUGAUUUGGUUCGUUUAUUUAAUACAAGCUUUUAACUGAGAACCUACCAGGACCAGGCACUGUUCUAGACACUAGAACACUGUGUUCUAGACACUGUGGGGAAACAGUGGUGAACAGACAGGCAUAGUCUCUGCCAUUCUGGAGCUUUUAUUCUAGUAGGAGAACGAAGCAAAAAUAAAAUAAUUACAAAUUGUUAUAGGUAGUAGAAAGGAAAUAGGCAGGGUCAAAGAGGCUCUUUGCAAGAUCUUUCAGGUUUCCUAUUAUAGAAUGAUGCUAAAAAUCCAUACAUUCUGGCCAUAGCACCAGAAACGUACCAACUCAAUGCCUUUUCAACUGCGCUACUUUAAUUAUGGUACCUGCUGCCACACAUCACAGAGCCCUUCUUUGGUAGAAAUCAUGUCAGCAUUCUUAUUUGUUAAUGCUGCAAUGAUACUAAGCCUUAAAAACACAUGGUUAGAGGUCAGAGGACCCGUUCUCAGUAACGGGGGAUAGUGAGUUGCAGUCCACAGCGUCCACAUUCUCAGGAUAAACACGCUUAUCUCCAUAUAGACUGUGCCUGUUACAAAUGGAAAAUCCAUCCACUCUGCUGCCAGUCACCGCCUGACUUUCUGGAGUAGUCCACAUGAUACUUGGGAAAACAUGGACGUGUAUGUCAUUACCAUGACUGAUAGAGUAAUAACACAUAUGGCUUCUAUAUAGAGAUCGACUUACAGAAGUUACUCUUCAGAUUCUUCAGUUUGACAUGAAGUUUUAGGAAAGGUAGGAUCUGGGAAGAAGGUCUUAGUUGUCUAAAUAUUUUCCAGUGAGCCAAGACAUUGACCAUGAAAAAACAAGAAUAACACAUAGAAGAGAUAGGAUGGGAAAGCUAACAAAUUAAAGUUUUGGCAAAAAGUCAUAUAUGUAAAUAGCUAAUUGAUUUACUUUUGUUCUUUAUUUAGAUUAUUUCUAUCAGUUACAAUCAGUUUUUCUAGUUAGGUGUACCUAAUUUAUUGAAUGGGUGCUAUCCUGUUUAUGUCUAUUUUGGUUUUUCUUGGCUACAGGCAAACUCUGUUGCAGGGCAACACUAGUUUGAUAUUUGAUUUACUCUCCAAUGAGACUCCAUGGCUGGGCCGCUGUAGACUCACAGUUACUCUUGUUCUUUAUUAAAUUCAUCCUGCUAAUUAGAUUUCUAGUGACUUGUAACAUGUAGUUUACACUGAAUUGCAAUUAUAGAUGCAUACAGCUACUGUACUAGAAAAAUUGUCAUUUCGGGUGUGCCAAUAAAUGAUUUUUAUGAGCGAA